CACGGUGGCGCAAUGAGAACUGAACGUAGCCGGAUCUCCGAGCAGUCUUGGUGGCCGAAAAUCGUCGUGAGAAAAUGGCUGAAUAUACAGAGCAGAGGGGAAGAGUUUCACGCCGAUUAUUAUUCGAUAAAAGAUAAAACGGAGAUGAGGAGGAGGAGGAGUAGCUGCUGCUCGGACCAGGACUGCUGCGUCGUCGUUCCGAACGAUUUUCCAGAAGUCUGGUUGAUGGGAGCAAACAAUGGACCAGGAUUUGAGCCGGAAGUAGCAGCUGCCACAGAACCAGUAAACCUCAGGAUGUUUGUGGGAACAUGGAAUGUAGGAGGGAAAUCGCCACAAGAGGAGUUGAACUUGAGAGAUUGGCUGAGGUCCACCCCAUCAGCAGCUGACAUCUACGUUAUUGGGUUCCAAGAAAUCGUCCCUCUAAAUGCGGGGAACGUGUUGGGCGCAGAAGACUACGGUCCAGCUACAAAGUGGCUUUCCUUGAUUCGACAAGUUUUAAAUGACACCCAGAAUGACCCCGAUCUUUCCCAAUGUAACAACAAUGGCUCAGGCGCGGAGCAUCCGCCGCAAGGUGACCAGCGUGUGAGCUUGAAACCAAGACUCAGCUUCUCAGACUUGCUUUCCUUAGAAGACGAACUUGGUAAAGAGGACUUCCAUAAAAUGGUGAACUCAAAUUCGAAUGGAAGGUAUGGGGAGGGUCUCUUACCUUCCUCAACUUUCAGGUCGGGGAGACGAAACAGUCCCCCUCAGCGACGUUACUGUCUGGCGGCGAGCAAGCAGAUGGUUGGAAUCUUCUUGUGCGUGUGGGUUCGAACGGACCUUUACAAGCACGUUCGAAACAUGAAGGUCUCCUGCGUCGGCAGAGGCCUUAUGGGAUAUCUUGGGAACAAGGGCUCAAUAUCAAUCAGCAUGACAUUGUACCAAACGACAUUUUGCUUUGUGUGCACCCACUUGACCUCCGGGGAGAAAGAUGGUGACGAGAUCAGAAGAAAUUCAGACGUUGCAGAAAUUUUGAAGAAAACAAGGUUUCUCCAUUCAGCUAGUGGUCCCGAAGAACUACUUCCUCCUGAUACAAUAUUGGAGCAUGACAAGAUUAUUUGGCUUGGGGAUUUGAAUUAUCGGCUUGCAGCUGGUUGUGGUGACACCCAUGAGCUAUUAGAGAAUCAUGAUUGGCAAGCACUUCUAGAGAAGGAUCAGCUAGGGAUGGAACAGAGAGCUGGUCGAGUAUUUAAAGGGUGGGAAGAAGGGAGGAUAUAUUUUGCUCCAACUUACAAGUACCUCCCCAAUUCUAACAGUUAUGGUGUCCAAACAUCUGACUCUAAAGAGAAACGACGCACUCCUGCCUGGUGUGACAGGAUUUUGUGGAAGGGGGAAGGGCUAAAACAAAUCCUGUAUUUGAGAGGGGAGUCCAGAUUUUCAGACCACAGACCCGUCUAUUCACUGUUCUCAGUUGAAGUUGACACUGCAAACACUACAAAAAAAUUGUUUAAUUGUAGUCAGCAAUUUCAUCUAUCAGCAAAUGCUGUCUUGUCAUCAUCGUGUGCGGCCAAAAUCCAAGCCGAAGAACUUUUGCUAUAUCCCCGUACACAAUGCUGCGUGGACACUGCCUCGUCCAGGUUUUGAGUUAACUCUA